CUGUCGCCGGCCCGUCUUCAGUGUUACACUUCCGCUGCAGUGAGGAGAGGAAGCAUCCGCCGAGCGUGUUUUGUCCAGAUAUUUAGUCUAGUUUUGCUGUGAAGGUAAUUUGUUGUUCGGGCAAUCAUGUCUGGACGUGAGGCCCUCAACAUGAAGCUGCCGCCGAUCCAGUCCACGGCCGGAGCCGUGCCGAUCAGGAACGAGAAAGGUGAGAUCUCUAUGGAGAAGGUGAAGGUGAAGAGGUACGUCUCAGGUAAGCGUCCCGACUAUGCUCCAAUGGAGUCGUCGGAUGAGGAAGAGGAGGACUUCCAGUUUGUGAAGAAGGGAAAGGAUGUGGAGCCGGAGCUGGAGCUGGAGGAGGAGGAGAUCUCAGAUCCACGUCUGAAACGUCUGCUCAACCGGGUCUCAGAGGACGUGGAGGAGAGGCUUGCCAGACACAGACAGAUUGCAGAGCCUGAGCUGAUUGCGGAGAGCAGUGAAGACUCUGAUGAGGGGACCUGGCAUCCAGAACGUGAGGAGAGUAGUGAGGAUGAAGAGGAGGAGGAGGAAGAAGUGGACGAUGAGGAAAUCGAGAGGCGGCGAGCGAUGAUGCGCCAGCGAGCUCAGGAAAGAAAAAAUGAGGAGAUGGAGAUCAUGGAGGUGGAGGAGGAGGGGAAGUCCGGGGAGGAGUCAGAGUCUGAGUCUGAAUAUGAGGAGUACACAGACAGCGAGGACGAAGCGGAGCCUCGGCUGAAACCAGUGUUCAUUCGCAAGAAGGACAGAGUGACGGUAGCUGAGCGCGAAGCAGAGGAGCAGAGGCAGAAAGAGCUGGAGGCUGAGGCCAAGAGGCAGGCAGAGGAGCGGCGGCGCUACACCCUGAAGAUCGUGGAGGAGGAGGCCAAGAAGGAGUUUGAGGAGAACAGACGCACACUGGCCGCCCUGGAGGCUCUGGACACAGACGGAGAGAAUGAAGAGGAGGAAUAUGAAGCCUGGAAAGUCCGUGAGCUCAAGCGCAUCAAAAGGGACAGAGAGGCCAGAGAAGCCAUCGAGAAGGAGAAGGCUGAGAUCGACAGGUUCCACAGUAUGACGGAGGAGGAGCGCAGAGCAGAGCUGCGCAACAACGGCAAAGUCAUCACCAACAAAGCCUCCAAGGGCAAAUACAAGUUCCUGCAGAAGUACUACCACAGAGGAGCCUUCUUUAUGGAUGAGGAGCAGGAAGUGUUCAAGAGAGACUUCAGUGCACCUACUUUGGAGGACCAUUUCAACAAAACCAUCCUACCUAAAGUCAUGCAGGUCAAAAACUUUGGUCGCUCUGGACGCACCAAGUACACCCACCUGGUGGACCAGGACACCACGUCGUUCGACUCAGCCUGGGCGCAGGAGAGCGCUCAGAACAGCAAGUUCUUCAAGCAGAAGGCCGCCGGGGUGAGGGACGUGUUCGACCGGCCCACGCUGAAGAAGAGGAAGACCUAAGUGUGAGGAGCUGGAGCAAAACCUGCCAGGCUCGCUCUCCAGCCUCACAGACUAUUCUUAAAGACAUUUUCGGUGGAUCUAUUGAUCUCCAUCCUGUUGGAUUCAAGGAUGCCUCGCUCUACUGGGUUGUUUUUAUAGAAUAAAGAAGAAAAAUUGAGGCAAACUGACUCUACCCCCCUGAUCUGUCCAUUCACCAGAGAAGAAUAAGAUUAACCAAGACUUAUUUGCAUGAGUGCUCCUCAGCCGCAGUUUGAGAGUGGUUCUUAUUAUCAGUAGCAAUACUUUUGCAAGACACAAAAUUCAAUUAGUUUUGAUUCUUUUUGUCACGUCACAAACUGUAAAUACAUGAGUAAACAAUUGCAUUUCACAAAUCCUAAGGCAAAAAAAACCUUAAAACGUUUCACUUGAAAGUUGACCCAAGACCUCAGAAAAACUGUUCAAAGCUGCUCUAUUGAAGCUGAAUGAGGGAACAAUUUUGUGGAUGUUGCGACAGCAUUUCUUGGUUUUACUGGGGUUUGGAGAAACUUUGUAGCUCAGAUGUGUUUUGCUCAUUAGACCUCAAGUGUGGGUUUUGAUGUAGCUCUUGACAGCUUUUGAAGACAUUUGAAGAUUCAAAUGACCAAAACUCACUGCAGCAACAGGUGAAUUCUGAUUUUGGGUGAAUUUUAACUCCAUAACACAGUGGUUGAGUCACUGCAUCUUAAAGUGAGCAAAGAGGAGAUACAAGCAAUAUAUUGAUUGUGGACUGACCAUUAAUCUUGGUGAAUCUUAAUGAUUUUUUUUUCUAUAACCCAGAUAUUUCCUCAGCUGUCCACACUCAUGAGGGCUUAAUAGUGCUGUGAUAUAAUUUUGUAAAUACCAUCUUGUAUCGAUACUUAGUAUACAACUUCUUUGUAUUUGUCAGCCACUAUACCUCUGUAUUUGACAGUAAUUUUAAGUGUUUGUGAAUAAAACACAUUUUCCUUUCA